AUGAGAGCCAAUAUAGGAAAAUCAUCACCCCAAAAGGAACAACAGAAUAGGUAUAACUCUGAAAAGAAUCAUUGGGGCUAUAAAGAUGGAGAGAUGGUUCUGUUAAAUCCUAAGGAAAAGGUGAAUAAGAGUUUUAGUCAAAAGGACUUUAUGCCAGGGAGAAAGGAAGUCAAUAGAAAGGGUAUUGAAGUGGAACAGACAAAUAGGGAGAAAUCCAAAGAGGUUGGAGGAGGUGAGGUACAGCAACAAAGAGUUGAAGUUAGCUGCAGUAAAGAGAAAAUGCAUAGCUUCAGUUCAAUUAGCAGCAAGAGUCAGAAGGAAAGUUGUUCUAGAGAAGCUUCAAAGAUCCUCAUUGGGGGGAAGAGUAACAGUGUCCUUGAAGAAGGAAGGAUGAGUUUUUCUGAGGAGGUAGAGAAACAUGAGAAGAAUAAGGAUGAAGUGGAGAGGAAUGGUCUUGAGCAAAUAGCACUGGAGCUAAUGCAAGUAACAGUAGUGGAGGAAGAUUCUGGUAGACCUGAAACAGCCUUAAUGCAAAUUGAUCCAGGAUCUUCUGACCUGGGUUCAAAGGCUGCCCAGAAGCAUAACAGGAACAUGAAGAAACAGUUGAGAUCUCCCAAAAUCUCUAGACAGCCUUUGAGAGAACUGAGGGGGAACAGGUCUCUGACACCUCAACAAGGGAAAAGGAAACUGAUCUUGGUGGAUGAAGACAUGGUUGAAGUGCAGGUUCUGGUGUGGAACUGUCAAGGAGCAGGGAGCCCCUUGACAGUUCCCCAGUUGAGGGAGGUUAACAACCUCCUCUCCCCAAACUUAAUAUUUCUAAGUGAAACCAAAAACAGAUUUUGUUAUAUGAAAAAGGUCCAAAAAAUUCUGAGAUUUGAGGAAAGUGUGAUUGUGGAAGCUAUGGAUAGGAAAGAAGGGAUGGCCUUGUUUUGGAAUAAUGAUAUAGAAGUUAGGAAAGUGGUUACAACUGCCCUCACCAUAGAGGCACUAGUGUUUGACCCGGAUACUCAACUUGAGUGGUGGUUUAUUGGGCUGUUAGCAGGGGAUUUCAAUGACAUUCUCUCCAAUGAAGAGAAGUGGGGAGGGAGAGCAAGAGAUGACAGAAGUUUCAAGGAUUUUAACAGUUUUAUAGAGCAUAACAGCCUUGUGGACCUAGGAUUUAUGGGUAACCCCUGGACAUGGAGCAACAAUUGGGAAGGUGAGGGGGAGAUUAGGCAAAGAUUGGACAGGGGUCUGAGCACUGUAAGCUGGGGUCAAAUUUUUGAUAAAGCUAAAUGUGAACAUGUGGAAACUCUGGGAUCAGACCAUAGUAUGCUGUUCAUAGACAAUUGGCCUAGAGUAGAAAAACGAAGAUCAAGAUUUUUCUUUGAUAAGAGAUGGCUCAAAAGGGAGGACAUUAAUCAAGUGGUUGAGCAAGGUUGGAAACAACCAGUUGCAGGAAACAGUAUGUACAAGAUUACUAGACAGGUUGCUAACUGCAGAGUGGCUCUACUCAAAUGGAAAAACAACUUCACAGGGAACUCUUUGCUAAGAAUCAAUCAAGUUAAGCUUCAGAUUAAGGAGAUCAAUGACUCUAAGGACUCAGGAGUUAAGGAUAAGAUUGCAGAUUUAAAGAAGCAGUUGAAAGAGGCUUACUCUGAUGAAGAGCAGUAUUGGGCUCAGAAAGCAAGGAUUGAUUGGUUGAGAGAAGGGGAUAAGAACACCAAAUUUUUCUAUGCUUGUGUGAAGGGAAGAAGAAGGAAAAACAGAAUGCUUAACAUUCAAAGGGAGAAUAGAACUUGGACAAAUAGUGAGGAGGAGCUGGGAAUGGAAGUAGCUGUCUAUUAUAGAGGCCUUUUCUCUAGUUCAGGGAGUGAGGGUAUAACAAAGAUUCUUCAUGGUAUACCCCCUACUAUCACUACUGAGAUGAAUGCUAAGUUAACUAGAGAAGUAGAUGAGAUGGAAAUUAAAUCAGCUCUUUUUUCCAUGAAUCCUAAUAAGGCACCAGGUCAAGAUGGUAUGUCUCUCUUGUUUUUUCAAAAAUUCUGGCAUGUUGUUAAACCUGAUUUAGUUGCAGCCAUUAAGCAUUUUUUCCAAUCUAGCAAUUUGCCUAAGUCUUGGAAUCAUACGGUCAUCUCCCUCAUACCCAAAAUUCAGAAUCCUACUAACUUGAAGAGCUAUAGGCCAAUUAGCCUCUGCAGGCAAAUCCUUGAUAAUGUCAUUUUGUCUCAUGAGUAUUUGCAUUACAUGAAAAAUAAGAAACAAGGACAGAAUGGUUUUAUGGCUGUGAAGCUGGACAUGUCCAAGGCCUACGACAGAGUGGAGUGGAAAUUCCUUGAUGCCAUGAUGGAAAAGAUGGGCUACUGUACAGUCUGGAGGAAUUGGAUAUGGAGUUGCCUCUCCUCAGUUACAUACUCCUUCAACAUUAAUGGAGUACCUAAAGAGUUUGUAAUUCCAGAAGGAGGAAUAAGACAAGGUGACCCUCUGUCACCUUACCUUUUCCUUUUAUGUUCAGAAGGGUUCUCCAAUUUAUUGAAGCAAGCUGAGGAAGAGAAAAGGAUCUCAGGGAUGAAGAUUAGUAGGUCUGGACCAAGCAUGACUCAUCUAUUUUUUGCGGACGAUUCAUUGAUUUUCUGUAAAGCUGAAAGAGAGGAAGCCAGGGAACUCAUUCAAAUUUUGAGGAAGUAUGAGAAGGGGUCUGGUCAAUCUAUAAACCUGGAAAAGUCCUCAGUGUUCUUCAGCAGCAAUGUUAGUUAUCAGAGGAAAGGGGAAGUGAUACAAAGCCUAGGCACAAUUCAGGUGGCAACUCAAGGGAAAUAUCUGGGGCUCCCUAUGGUGAUAACAAGGUCUAAACAGCAAGUUUUUGGAUACAUUAAGGACAGUAUCAGUAGAAGAAUGAAUAGCUGGAAGAACAAGUUGCUCAGCCAAGGAGGGAAAGAAGUUUUGUUGAAGGCAGUUUCCAUGGCAAUGCCAGUUUAUACAAUGUCCUGUUUUAAACUCCCUAACAAACUGUGCAAAGAUGUGACCUCCAUGUUAGCUAACUACUGGUGGGGAGAAAAUGAUGGGAAAUAUAAGAUGCACUGGUGCUCAUGGGGGAGAUUGGCUAAAGAGAAAAAAGAGGGAGGGUUGGGGUUUAAAGAUUUGCAGAAUUUCAACAAAGCCUUGCUGGCUAAACAGGUAUGGAGACUGAUUUUCAAACCAAAUUUAUUAGUCAGCAAGGUUUUGAGGGCUAAGUACUUCCAUAGGGACUCAAUCUUUAAAUGCAAAGUCCCAAAGUGUGCUUCCUGGAUUUGGCAAAGUAUGAUGAAUGUGAGAGAUUUUGUGCAAAAUGGAACUAGGAAGAAGAUUGGCAAUGGCAAGGCUACAAAUAUUUGGGAGGAUAAAUGGAUCCCAGGAAAUAAGGAUGGGAAAGUCACAACUGCAAGGCCUCAGAAUUGCAAUAUCAGAAGAGUAGAUGAGCUGAUCAGUGGCUUUAGAUGGAGGAAACCAUUGGUACUCAGGACAUUCAAUAGGAAGGAUGCUGACGAAAUUCUGGAUAUCCCUAUAAGUAUCUCAGGAAGGGAAGACAGCAACUACUGGCUACAUAGUGGCAAUGGCAUCUAUACGGUCAAUUCUGGAUACAAGGCUUUGAGUAGAGAUGCAACCCAACACAUAGGAAGAGGAGCUGAUGAGGCAGAAACGAGCUCAGCAAACUCCAAUGGAAAGCAAUGGAAGUGGUUGUGGAAGCUGAAAGUCAAAAGCAAGAUAAAACACUUCAUUUGGAGGAGCCUAAAUGGGCUACUGCCAGUUAAUGCCUUGGUGUUUAAUAGAACACACCAUGGAGAUCCAAUAUGUGAUGGCUGUGGAGAACAUACUGAGUCUAUUGAACAUAUGUUUUUUCAAUGCAGCAGAGCUCAAGAGGUCUGGAAAAUGGCCCCAAUACAGUGGGAUGGGCUAACUAGACAGACAGGGAAUUUUAGAAUUUGGUGGACUGCAAUGCUGGAAGCCUCAGUUAACAAGGCUCUACAGGAAUGGCAAGAGCAAACCUCAGCUUGGAGUAAUGGGACAAUGUCCCCUAAGGAUACUGGAAGGGAAGGUGAGGAAGUAGAACCAAUGGAGGUACGAAGUGAUGAAAUGCAUAUCAAAAUAUCAACCAGUGUGCAGGAACAAUCCAAAAGAGUUGGUAUUGGGAUUUUAACAACUAACCACAGCAAUCAGGUGGUGUCAGCCUGGGCACUAGUUGAUAGGAAAUCAGGAAAUCAGUUGCAGACUAUAGCAGAAGCUGUAAAGAUGGCCAUUAUAAAGGCCAGACAGCAGCAAUGGCAGAAAAUUAUAGUCCACGUUCCCAGCCCGCAGCUGCUGAAAGUGAUUACGUCGGGAGUGGCUAAGGAUAUCAAAAUGUCUACUUUGGCUGAUGAUAUUAACAACCUCAGAGCAUUGUUCCAAAAAUGCUCCUUUUGUCUAGAUAGGAGAUUAGAUAAAAGAAGUGAUAUGAUUAGUGAUUAUGCCUUAGGCAUUGUUCAAGAUGAGGGAUGGAUUAACCCUCAGUGUUUCUAA